AUGGCCGUCACUACAUCAUACGGCGACUCCAAGCACGCAGCCCAGAUCUUCCGUCGCUUCAUCCAAGAGCUUCAAGAUGAGAAUGAUCUUGUUGUCAUCGAGCAGGAGAUAGAUCCUCAUCUAGAACUCGGAGCAAUUGUCCGCAGAGCCUACGAAAAGGAAGACAAGGCGCCGCUUUUUAACAACGUUAAAGGCACCACAUCUACCGGUCUUUUCCGAAUCUUAGGCGCCCCUGUGGGAGCUAGUAAGAUUCCUGGAAAACGAUUCAUCCGCAUUGCCAAAUCUCUUGGUCUCCCGUCAACUGCCACUGGACAAGACAUCAUUAACAGGAUCCACGAGGCUAAAAGGCUACCAACAAUUCCACCCAAGGAGGUCGAUUCGGGCCCAGUGAAGGAAUUCAAGAUCUUUGGGGAUGACAUCGAUCUUAGAACUCUCCCGUCGCCUCUUUUACACCAAGACGAUGGUGGACGAUUCAUCCAGACCUUUGGAAUGUUCAUCGUCGAAACUCCUGAUGGAUCGUGGGUUAAUUGGAGUAUCACGCGAGGCAUGAUCAAUGAAAAUGACCCCAGAUCUUUGACCUGCCCGGUCAUCCCAAGACAGGACAUCGGUGUCAUUCGCAAGAUGUGGCAAGAUCAGGGUAAAGACAUGCCCUACGCGCUAUGCUUUGGCGUUUCGCCGGCUGCCAUAAUGAUCAGCGCCAUGCCUAUACCAAAGGGCGAGAACGAGGCGGCUUUUAUUGGUGCAUUGAUGGGCGCUCCUGUACAGGUGACAAAGUGCGAAACCAGCAACAUUCGCGUUCCAGCUGAUGCAGAAAUCAUCUUCGAAGGAACCGUGUCUCGAACUGAAACAGCCCCGGAAGGGCCAAUGGCUGAGUAUCACGGUCAUAUCUUCCCUGGAGAGACGAAGCCCUGCCCUUUGUUUAGGGUCAAUGCCAUCACUCACCGCAAAGAUCCUACCCUACCCAUAUGCAUCACUGGAAGAGCCCCCGAAGAGAGUGAAACGGUUUGGGGACUUACUCAAGCGGCUGAGGUGCUGACGAUCUGCCAAAAUGCUGGAUCGCCUAUCAACAUGGUUUGGAAUCCCUUUGAGUCGCACUGCAUAUGGUUCGUUCUUCAGGUCGACAGAACCAAACUGCGCGCAAUGAAGACGACUAUGGAGGAUUUCUCCAACAUGAUCGGUCACCUUGUCUUUGCGUCUAAGCCCGGCUUUUACAUCCCUACUAUUUUCUUAGUAGGAGACGACAUUGAUCCGACCAACUUUCGAGAUGUUGUCUAG